ACCGCGGUGUAUCGCAUCAACAGCACCGAGCACGCACGUCUGAGGGAGCCGUGGGGGGAUAGGCAAGAGAAGGCAACACAUCGGCAAAUUGAAUGGCGAUGAUAUUUAUGUCUCGCGCGAUCUCGACAAUAUUAUGGCAUUUGUCACAUCCUUUUCAGUUGUUUGUCACCUGCACCUCCUCCGUGUUGCUCCUGUUAUUUUUUUUAUCAGUAACAAACACCAGCCUUGGGAUAAGAAAGCAGUACAUAAGGUGUCUCCUGAAACUGUUUGAGUAUGGCCGAAUAAAAAUUGAGCGAGCCAAUCGGCAACGCCUUAAACGAGAAGAAAGUGCAGAGGACCUCGCAGAUUUGGAUUCUGAACCGACAAACAGCACUACUUCAGUGAUCACGAGGGACGAUGUUAUCGUUGGAGCUGAGCAGCCAAUUAUCAACAUCCCACUCAAGGAAUACCACCUCGGUGACAUCACAUACUUCAUCAAGAAAGGUGUUGAGGCCAUCAUUGAUGAUGUGGUGACCAAGCGGUUUGCUACUGAAGAGCUACCUUCCUGGAAUUUGCUGACAAGGACCAACAAAAACUAUACAUUUGUCAGUUUUCGGUUGACCGUCAUAUGGUGCAUUGGCUGUCUGCUGCGCUAUGUCAUUCUCUUCCCAAUGAGGGUGGCACUGACAUGCAUUGGCAUGAUUUGGCUUAUCUGCUGUACAGCCAUACUAGGAUAUUUUCCAGAGGGUCGGCUCAAGCGAUUCCUGUAUUGGCACAUCAGUCUGAUCACUUUCCGGAUUCUCUCAAGAGCUGUGUCAGCCAUAGUCACAUACCACAACAGAGAAAACCGUGCCAAGCCUGGUGGCAUCUGUGUUGCAAAUCACACUUCCCCCAUUGAUGUGGCUAUGCUGGCGAGCGACAAUUGUUAUGCAUUGGUGGGCCAGACCCAAGGUGGUUUCAUUGGCGUUAUUCAGACAGCACUCAACAAGGCAGCCUCACACAUCUGGUUUGAGCGAGCCGAGAUCAAGGACAGGCAGGCCGUUGCCAAGAGACUGAGAGAGCAUGUUGAAGAUCCUACAAAGCUUCCCAUUCUCAUAUUUCCUGAAGGCACAUGCAUCAACAACACAUCAGUGAUGCAGUUCAAGAAGGGCAGCUUUGAGGUUGGUGGCACCAUCUACCCAGCUGCUAUCAAGUAUGAUGCACGAUUUGGGGACGCCUUCUGGAACAGCAGCAAGCAGAACUACGUCCACUACCUGGCUAUGAUGAUGUCAUCAUGGGCCAUAGUAUGCGACGUGUGGUAUUUGCCACCCAUGAAGAAAAGAGUUGAUGAGUCAUCAGUGGAGUUCGCCAACAGAGUCAAAUCCAAGAUUGCCGAGCAGGGUGGCCUGCUUGACCUAAACUGGGAUGGCUUGCUCAAGCGCACCUAUGUUAAGCGGGAGUGGAAGGAGCAGCAACAGAAGGACUUCAGCCAACGCCUCAAGCUGACGUGAGCCUCGGCAAGGAAAGAGACUGUUUGGGCACACGUGUACAUAGCACGGGUUGGCUUAGUUUCUAUGCUGGGCCCUUUCUGCUACAUGCCAACCAGUGAAAGCGGUCCAGCAGAGGUGAUAGUUUAUUCAUGUGGAAUCAACACUAUGUACAAUCAUUGUGAUCAGUUCUGUACUCAGGCCAUGUAUAUAUGAUGCUGUUCAGCGUUUGGCAUAGCUUGCUAAGCAGGCGACAACUGCUUGCAGGUUGGUUCAAACUGUGAUAACAUGUUGGCCUUUAGAGGAAAGAGAAGGAAGAUGAGGCAGCACUUACCGAGUUGUUGCUGAUGGAAUGAGAUGUCAUAUCUCUAAUACCUCAAUAAAGUUAAGUUUCGACUGCACAAAACAAAUAUGCUGUGCUCAUGGCUAAAAGGAUGUGAUGUAUGAUAAUUACUACAAGAUGUGGUGAGGCUUGCAUGCAGGCUGUUGAAGUGCCAUUGUACAACAUGGAAAUUCACAUUCAUUGUUAGAGAACGGAAGGCAGUGACUUUCCAAAAAACUAGAGUGCACCCAAUGACUUGCGCACCAGUCUGCAAGGACACAGCAAGGCUGCUCAAGUGCAACUAGAAUAGUUUGUUCUUUGGAGUGUCCCCACUUCUAUGGUGGUCCUUGGAAGGCAAUGCUAGGAAGUGGACUUCUUGCGAAAGUAGUUCAGUAUCCUUUGCCAGUGGGACAUGGUUCGGAAUGACACUGUGCUCUUUACACUCGGGGUGGGACCAGAGUCGGUGGUGUGCGAAGCGUCUGUUGUCUGCUGCUCAGCUGGUUCCCGGCUGUGUUUGUUGCGCUUCUUGAGCUUUUUAUACUUGUUACGCACUAAGUGUGAUUUGGUGUGGGAAAUCAUGGCUCGUUUGAGUUGCACAACAAUCUCCACAACAGCCUUGGCCACUUCAGUAGGGGGUGCUUCUUUCUCAGACAGCACAGACCACUUCUCUUCAGUGAUGCCAUGUGGGGUCUAAAAAAGAUAUAUAGCAAAAAAAAAAAAGUAGAUUAGAAAUCACUCUUUGCAGACGGUAUUUCGUACGGCUCACCUCUAGAAUCUUCAGAGGCACACCAAACUGACCACCAGCUGCUCCUCCAGUUGAGACUACAGGCACAACAAAGUGGUCACUCCAGACGAAUUGUUCAACCUCAUGAGCUGCACAAGGACCACCUGCAAUGCAAGCAUUGUACCAUUGUUGUAUCCCCAGUUUCCCAUAUUUCAUACUUAUUAUAAUGGGCUGAUGAUGAUAGGUUAAUUAUUAAUUAAAUAGUAAAUUAAUUACUAAGUAAUUAUUUGUAUACUAGACAGGCAAGAACUCAUCACUUCUAAUGGUUUUUCAGCAAGGGAGGGUUAAAUGACAAAAAGUUGCUACAGUCAAGCUCAAUAUGUUGAUUUCAUGUAUGAAAGCUUGUAGAAUACUGAUGCUUCUAAAACUAAUCUCAAGAGUUCAGCAAAAUUGUUAGUUACAUUGUGCAAAACUACCAGCUAUAACAAAACAUAAAACAUAGUCUGUUCACCAUGCUGCCCCGAAAUUUGAAUUUCUACUACUGCAAUUAUAACUUGAUGGAGAUUUUAACAUCUAGGCUAGAUUUAACCUCGCUUGCUGUAUCAUCAUCAGAGGUGAUUGUCAGUAUUAUCAGUCACCUUUGCUGAGCCCAUUGCACACUGGACAAAAUAUUUUUUGUGUGAAAACAAAGAAAGGAAAAAGUUUGGACAUUGAAACUGUUGUGACUGUUUUGGGUAAUGCUCAAGUCAGUACGGGAGAGGGAUAAAUGCAGCAAUUCCACCCGUGUGCUUGAACAUAACUAAAUGAAGAUGUAACACUGUAGCUGCGCAGCAACUAGAAAAACAUAAGUGACCUAAUAAAUAGAGUAAGUUAACGCUUUUAGCAACUAUCUGAAAGCGAUGCAGAACCCCCUUAUGCUUAGAAUGCAUGUAGAGCUGUUUUUAAAUGCUGAGAAUUUCGCAUCUAGUAUGUCAUAUGUUCUUGUGUAGUCAACCUGUAGCCACAAUGAAGAAAACAGAAGGGCUCUGCAAAGUAACGGAGGUUUGAAGGUGUAGUGAAGAAACACGCUAUGUGUUAAGUUGCAUACUGACUGCAUGCACAGCUGGCAGUUCCCACAGUGUGUGCUCAGCCUCAAAGUCUCCAACAAAGCCAUUUUUGCAAAAAUACACAAAAGCAAUUUCUCAAUGCAUUCUUCAGUGCCACCUUUAUGUACCACUGAGAGAGGAGUGUAAAGAGGCCGUAUAAAACACUUUGCACUUUUUUGCAAUUUUUGUUAUACUAAGUUUCUCUGUGUCCCUCCCGAGUUCAGUAUAAUAAAGUUUGACUGCAGCUUGUUGAGGACCGGUGCCGAUAAAUAUGCCAUUAUCCUUUCUUUAUUAUUUUUUUCCUGCUGAAUUAAAUGCGAGUGCUGUGUUGUUGUAUAGUAGUGUAGGUAAUUGUGCAGUGUCUGCAAGCAUGAAACACUUUGUCUGUACUACUGUUCAACAGGCAGGUGACAUCCUGUGGUAGGUGCAUGCUAUUCUCUGUCACUCUGAUGCAUACUGUCUUACCUUCUACCACGAUGCAUGUGUCAAAAGCACGUGCCACUGCACUUUCACGUUCUUUGACUGAAUUCCCGAGGAACAGGUUUCUCCCGUAGUUGAUUGCCGCAAAAGAACCAUCACUGUUCUGCUGCACUUUGCCAGUGAACAUCUGCAAAAGACAAGCUGCAGUUAGUUUCCUGAGCAUAGGCUUCAACUGACCAAUCUUCAACCUUGUCAUCUCGCUUGGGCAGUAUGUGGAAGACUCGAGGGUCAGUGUGGCCAUUGUUGACUCGGCAUUCAUGAAAUGUCCUGGCUACAACAUCAGGUGCUCCAAAGAAUCCUCCUGUGACAACAGCCAGGUUGGGCCUCUUUGCAAGCUCCUUGCCAAUCUCCCUGGGAAUUACAAGCGGAAAUAAAAGUUAGCAUUGGCUGAAAGAUGGUGUGAAUUGGUUGUGCAGUAAGUUUCGUACUAAUGCCCUACCGUAAUGUAGAAUGCUGCUUGCUUUGUGGCGGGAAAAAACUACUGUUGCAGGGGUUCACUGAGCGUGCACUACUACUUGGAAUGAAAACAUUGUGCUGGAUCUUAUAAUUGCCAGUCAUGUAGGACUGCAUGUUCAUGCUGCUGCAAUUGAGUGUGGUCAGCAGAAUGGUUGGAAAAACUGUCUCAGUGCCUGGUAACGCAGUGGUGUUGGUGCUGACUAUUGCUGUGCAAAUAUUUUGAGAGUUCAGACCAAAGCUGAAGCAGCCUACGGUUUGCAAAUUUUGACCUGUAUUUCAUUGAAAGCAAAGUACAAUGACACCUAUGUACUGGCAUUUGCGGACAUGGAUGACAUGGCACAGGGCAGUCAAAUCUGGCCAAAAUGGCUGCUGGAUACCAGGCACAUCUGGUGGAUGCAAUAGACUUCAAUUUGGGAUAAACAAUUUAUACAUGGCAUGCUCAAUCCCAUCCUAGUGGAAAUGGGUCCUACUUAGCAUGGCAGGUGGAUUCAGUGCUCACUGCAUGUGUCUGUGUUGUAAAUUAUGUACGUUUUCUUGCUUACAACUACGUGCCAGUUAGUCACAGCCAUGAAAUUGUGCAUGGUUUCCUGAUACCCCUUUGCAUUUAAAAUCUCACAGUGCUUCUGCUAUUGCAUGUUCAUGUUAAAUAUAAAAUGGUAGCAUUUAAAAGGAAAUAUCUUUUGCAUCCGAGCAUGGUUAGCACCUCAGUGAAGUUACUCAGUGGCCUUGCCGUUUUCGGUUUCUCUUCACUAAUAACCUUAUAAUGUUUGUUUACACAAUGGAUAAGGUAAAAAUGAUGCAGCUGCCCAGCCUUUUCAAUUUUGUGCACAUAAGAAAAGUAGAAAUUUAGGCCUUCACCCUGUUACUGUUAGCAAUUCUUUGUCUUAGUACAGUAAACUCGACGUAAUGUACAUAGUCCCUUAUCCUAUUUUUGGUAGGGGUAGCACUUUCUUGCUACAGUAAACCCAAUGUAAUACCCUUAUUCUCUGUUCGAUGAUCAACUUAGUCACUCUUGCUGUCCUCAUUUCAUAUUUGCAUGUGCAAGUUCCCAAACAGUUCAAUGUUAAAAUUAAGGAAGUAUUACGGGGGUCGUGGAUGCAAACUGUAGCAGUGGACAAAGAAGUGCACAAGUUUAUGUGGCCCUUCUAAUAUCCCUGUUUUGAUGUACUAAGUAGCAUUCUUUUCUCCUUCUGUUUUUGUUUCUUGUAUAAGUGUGGAGAGCACUGAAUCACUUAUAUGCCUCUUUUUCUUGUCUCUGGAUCAGAUACAGUAACUGUGUGCAUAUGCAGAAAUCAUGUGCACUUUACCUGGGCCAUAUUCUGACUUUCAUGCAAUGGCUGCCUUAAAGCUGUGUGUCCUGACUGGCUGAUGCAGCAAAAGCGUGUGUGCCGCUUCCAAUGCCACAAAGUUUGUUGGUGCUGCUUCAAAAAAGGGUGUGCUUCGCAACAACUUAUUUGGAAGUACCUUACAGGAAUUGGGCAUGGGGGUUAUCUCAAGCGGGAGCGAUGCUGACUUCAAUGAGAAGCUGGAGAUGUUAACCUGGCUGAUGACUAUCAACGCUGCACUAGCAAGAAAGUGGAAAAUUUGCACAUCAAGCAAAAAGAAAACAAAGAAGCAACACCUUGUCCACUGUAGAUAUUCUUAGAAGAUUCCCUAGUUAUAUUCAGCAUGAAUGAGCAUCUAAUCUGAUGUGUGUUCCAUGGCUUUUAAAAUAAAGCAACCUGCUGUGACCCUUGAAGUCACACUUGUACAGCAGUGAUAAAUGUGAGGUUGGGUCACUGCAAUUGCUGCGAAGCUUUGGCCCAUGUAAUGCUUUCUUUUUGCUUGUAUUUUAAGAACCUUUUUCAAUAAGUUACGUAAUCACUAUGUUUAUUGUCCUUGCUAAAAUCAAAUGGGGACUUGUAAAACUUUCUUCACACUGCUUCUUCUUGUCAAGGCAAGCAGGUAUGUGUGCAUAUGUCGUAACUAAGCUAGCACAGCUCCUGCUGCAUCAGUCAAUGAGCACGUGCCAGAUGGACAGUAUUUAUGGUGACUGAAGUUGGAAUAUAAACCCUGUAUUCUCGGGUAUGAAUAAGAGCAAAAGAACCGCACCACGGUGUCCCGUAGGUAAUGUGUGUUUGCACAGCAUGUAUUAGAAGAGCUAGGGUGCCUCUGGAACAACAUAUAUUUGAAAUGGGAAUUCUUGUGUAUGGUGUUGCCUUGUUCAAACAGGCCACUGGAAACGUCACUGCCAUUGCCUGUGCUGAACUCAAACAAGGCAUUAUAGUUAUGUAUGUGGCUUUCUAUCUAAAUAUUUCUCUAAAACUUUGCUAAAUGAAUAACCUGGUCCAUGAUAUGCUGCACUAACAUUUCACUGGUGAGAAGUUUAUCUACUGAUUUUGCACAGGUACGUUUCUUGUACACGUUGGUGAGGAAAGGUGAAUGCACCUUUGAAGCAAUGAUUCUAGUGCACCAGACACUCUUGGGGGGUCUCACCGACCAAAAUUACCUUUCUAGGGCUGUAAAAGUUCAGCAUUGGUAGGCCUAAAUGAUACUAUGCACUCUUGUACUUGCUUCAUGGGGCAUUUGUUUUUUACUCAUUGCAUUUUUAUGGGGAUCUCUAAUAAAAUUAUGGUUUUGUGCUGUUUGUAGCUGCUCUUAAGUUUGGAAGGCACAUGUUUUCAUUUGGUGAUUGUGCAGCAUAAUCAAAAAUGCUACAACUGCUUGAAUGUUUGAGAGCUCACUGGACAAUUUUUAGUUUCCAUGAUAUCUCUGCCUUUAUUUGUUAGGUGUGUACAACUGAAAUAAAUGCUGUAACGCACCUGCA